AUGAAGAAAAGCGUGCAACUUAAGAACGAAGAAGAGGCUCUUGCUGAAACUGAGCAAGGCACCGAGGAGCAGGAAGUCUUUGUCGAAAUUGAUAAGCUUCAGGACCUAGGCAUCAACGCUGCAGACGUCGCCAAGCUUAAACAAAGUGGCUACAUGACAACACUCAGCGUGAUUCAAAGCACUCGCAAAGAACUAUCUAGCAUUAAAGGGUUUACUGAAGCGAAGGUUGAGAAAAUCAUUGAAUGCGCCCAGAAGAUCGAGCAGGCAGACACGUUUACAUCUGGGAAAUCGCUGCUUGAGAAAAGGGCAAGCCUGGUCCACAUUACAACGGGUUCGAGCGAUCUAGAUACACUGCUUAAAGAACCCUUCAGUUUGUUAAUCAUAGACAGCAUAAUGUCACUCUUCCGCGUUGACUUUUUAGGACGAGGCGAACUGUCAGAGCGGCAGCAGUUGUUGGGACGCACAUUGAACCGUUUGCAAAAGUUGGCAGACCAAUUCAACAUUGCAAUUGUGUAUACAAACCAUGUGAUGUCUGACCCAUCCGGAGCUAUGACAAUGGCUGUUAAUCCCGUGAAACCAGUGGGAGGUCACGUCCUUGGACACGCUAGCACUCACAGACUUAUGUUUCGAGUUGGAAAAGGAGAGCAGCGUGUAUGCAAAGUGUACGACAGCCCAAUUCUGUCUCCAGGAGAUGCAACAUUCCAGCUUUCAAAUCAAGGAAUUAUCGAUCCGGCAGAUUGA